AGUUAUAAGAAAAUAUAUAUUAUGUCAUUACAAGGAAUAUAGUUGCAAGGUUAGAUAUUAGAAGCUCCUGAAGAACCAUGAGUUCCUCAAUGGUCAAAAUUUUGAUAGCUAUGCUCCUUGUGACCCUAUCUUUUCAAGCAUCAGGACAAUUUUUGGAAUGGUGCAUAGCUGAUGAGCAGACCCCAGAUGAUGAUCUGCAGAGGGCUAUGGAUUGGGCUUGUCAUGUGGGUGGAGCAAAUUGCAGCAAUAUACAAGUUAAUCAUCCAUGUUACCUUCCAAAUACCAUGAAGGAUCAUGCUUCCUAUGUCUUCAACAAUUACUAUCAGAAGUUCAAGCACAAAGGAGGAUCUUGCUAUUUCAACUCUGCUGCAAUAACCAGUGAUCUCGAUCCAAGUCACGGCUCUUGCAAGUUUGAGUAUAUCCCUUGAAUGGAGUUUGGGGUAAUUUAUUUUUUCAAAGUGAAGACAGUAAUGAAGUCAAUGAAAUGUUCUGUCUGCAUUUCUUCAAUUGUUGUUGUUUCAUAUCUUGAUAUGAAGUAGUAUUACCAUGGUGAAAUGACAUUGAAUUCUUAUUUUUCUGCAAUUUAUUUUUCUAGAGUUUAAUUGGACUCGUGUAAAUAUUAACUGUCAUAAUUUGUUUUUGUUUACUCUGGUUUGAAGUGAGUAAAGUGU